AUGGAGAAGCUCGCGGCCGGGCUGGCCGGCCUGCGCUGGAGCAUGGGCGCCUUCCCGCUCGACCUCAUCGUCAGCCGCUGCCGCCUGCCCACGCUCGCCUGUCUCGGGCCAGGGGAGUAUGCGGAGGGUGUCAGUGAGAGAGAUAUCCUGCUCAUUCACUCCUGCCGCCAGUGGACAACGGUGACAGCCCAUACUCUGGAGGAGGGCCACUACGUCAUCGGACCCAAGAUUGACAUCCCUCUGCAGUACCCAGGGAAGUUCAAGCUCCUGGAGCAGGCCCGGGAUGUGCGGGAGCCAGUGAGGUACUUCAGCAGCGUGGAGGAGGUGGCCAGCGUCUUCCCUGACCGCAUCUUUGUGAUGGAAGCUAUCACCUUCAGUGUCAAGGUGGUGUCGGGUGAAUUCAGCGAGGACAGCGAGGUGUACAACUUCACGCUGCACGCGGGCGACGAGCUCACCCUCAUGGGCCAGGCGGAGAUCCUGUGCGCCAAGACCACGAAGGAGCGCUCUCGCUUCACCACGCUGCUGCGCAAGCUGGGCCGGGCUGGGGCGCUGGCCGGGGUGGGCGGCGGCGGCGGCCCCGGAGGUGCGGGGGCCACGGGCGGCAGCACCAGGGCCAUCAAGGGCAAGAUGCCCUGCCUCAUCUGCAUGAACCACCGCACCAACGAGAGCCUGAGCCUGCCCUUCCAGUGCCAGGGCCGCUUCAGCACGCGCAGCCCGCUGGAGCUGCAGAUGCAGGAGGGCGAGCACACGGUGCGCGCCAUCAUCGAGCGCGUGCGGCUCCCGGUGAACGUGCUGGUGCCCAGCCGGCCGCCACGCAACCCCUACGACCUGCACCCGGUGCGGGAGGGCCACUGCUACAAGCUGGUCAGCAUCAUCUCCAAGACUGUGGUGCUGGGGCUGGCGCUGCGCCGCGAGGGCCCCGCGCCGCUGCACUUCCUGCUGCUCACCGACACGCCGCGCUUCGCGCUGCCGCAGGGCCUGCUGGCCGGGGACCCGCGCGUGGAGCGCCUGGUGCGCGACAGCGCCUCCUACUGCCGCGAGCGCUUCGACCCCGACGAGUACUCCACGGCCGUGCGCGAGGCCCCGGCCGAACUCACUGACGACUGCGCCAGCCCACGCCGCGCGCGCCUCUGCCUGCCCGCGCCCCCGCGCGCCCCAGCCCUCGCGCGCGCCCCCGGUCCGCCGGGCGAUGGCGACCAGGAGUACGUGAGCCCGGACUGGGCCGGCGCGCCGGAUCCCGCCGCGCUGCCAGCGGAGAUCCCCUAUGAGGAGCUGUGGACGCACCAGGCUGCCGAAGGCCUCGCUGAGGGCCGGGCGCGGCCGCCCCCGGGGCCCGACCUUAUCUCCUUCGCAGCCCCCGGGCCGUCCCGCCUGGAGCCUGAGGCACCGCCGCCUCCCGUCCCCCCCAAGUCCGAGGCGGUGAAGGAGGAGUGCCGCCUGCUCAAUGCCCCCCCUGUGCCUCCCCGGGGCGGCAAUGGCAGCAGCCGGCUCUCGGGCAGCCCCCCGGUGCCCCCGCGGUUCCCCAAGCUGCAGCCUGUCCACUCACCUAGCUCCAGCCUCUCCUACUACUCAUCUGGCCUCCAGGAUGGGACAGGUUCCCGCAGCGGCAGCGGCUCUCCGUCCCCGGACGCCUACUCCCUUUAUUGCUACCCGUGCACCUGGGGAGACUGCAAGGCGGGCGAGUCGUCCAGCCGCCCACCCCCGGGACCCCUGCCCUCGACCACGCAGCCCAGCCAGGCCGCCCGGGCCCUUGCAGAGCCUCUGAGCAGUCGAGCCACCUCCCUCCUGGGGGCUGACACCCCCGUUCAGGCGUACCACAGCUGCCCGCCUCUGCUCAAGCCCUCUCACCCCCAGAAACGCUUCGCUCCGUUUGGAGCUCUCAACCCCUUUUCGGGGCCUGUCUACUCCUCAGGCCCUUCAGCGGCCUCCUCUUCUGGGCCCACCACCAACACGGGUCCCCUGGCUACCUCCAGCCCUGCCUUUUCUCCAGGCCCAGGCUCCCCAGGCCAGGCCUAUUCAGCUGCUCCCCCCUCGUGCCCCACCUCGUCGUCCUCUUCCUCUGAGUGGCAGGAGCCAGCCCUGGAGCCCUUUGAUCCCUUCGAGCUGCGCCAGGGCAGUUCCCCGGAGCCUGAGCUGUUGCGCUGUCAAGAGCCCAGAGCAGUGGGGGCUCCCUGCCUUUCGCCACUUGGACCCCCCAAGGCCUUUGAACCGGAAGGUUUGGUGCUGCGGCAGGUCCCCACCCCGCUGUCACCGGUGGGCCUGCAGGGGUCUGAGGCAGGCGGAGCACGGCUCCUUCUGCCCCAGGGGCGCCUGGAAGGGGCUCCUGCCAGUCCCCGGGAGGGGGCUGCAGGCUGGGGAGGCCGGGAUGCCUCCUCCUGGCAGCCCCCUGCUGACCUGUCUGCGCUCUCCCUGGAAGAAGUCUCUCGAAGUCUGCGUUUCAUCGGUCUCUCCGAGGACGUGGUGAGCUUCUUUGCCCGAGAACGCAUUGAUGGCAGCAUCUUUGUGCAGCUCAGCGAGGACAUCCUGGCCGAUGACUUCCAUCUCACGAAACUGCAGGUCAAGAAGAUCAUGCAGUUCAUCAAAGGCUGGCGGCCCAAGAUCUGAGCUUCCCAGCUUGUGGCCACACAGCUGGGAUGCUGGCCUGGAGGCCACUGGGGUUAGCCACGGGUCCGCGGAGGGACAGUGGGCCCAGAGCAGGUCCUCCUGCAAGGAGAAUCCGUGCCAAGACUGAGGCAGCCAGGCGGCCCCUCUGAGGGAAUCCAGGGGAGACACACUUGGAAAUGGGGGCAUCUGGCCUUUGUGCUGAGAGGCACCGGUGUGCACCUGGGCCCGGGGACACAUUGCUGGGAUUCCCACGGUGGCGGGGUGGGGUGUCAGAAGCUGGCCAGCAUGGUGACCUGACAUCCUCCCCCGCCCUUGUGGAGAGCGUCAGACAUCUUGCACUUCUCAAGCUUGUAGGUUCAGGUUAGAGACCAGGGCAGACGGGCCAUCAUUUAAGCACAAAUUCCCCAAAUGCCCCCCCACCCCGUGCUCUGUGGGCUUUUGGCCUUGGCCGCCCCAGAAUCUGGGGGCCCAUCCUGAAUCUCUGGGAUGCCCUUCCUUUCCCCUUGUAUGAACUCGGGCCCUGGCCCCGAGCACAGGUGUGUCAAGCCUGUGUCGCUGUGCCUCAAGGCUCUGGCUCAGGGCGCUGGUUGGCGGGGGAGGACUCCCGAAGAGCACAGCUCUGCCACUGACCCGCUCACCUAGCUAGGGAGGCCGAUGUUCUAGACGUCUCUAGCGCCCCCGCUGCUGCCUUCUGUCCUCUGGGUUGGGUCCGGUCUGAGGUUCUCACUCCCUGGAGAAGCGGGUAGAUUGAGGUCAGCUGCUCCUGGAUUGUAGCGGCAAGUGGCCUCCAAGCACUCCCACUUCCGCCCGGCUACUGCCCCCUUCACUGGGCUCCAGCAAACACCUGGUGUCCUUCCCUGGUCUGUCACUGGCGCAGGCGGGAUGGUUGGGAAAGAGAAAGCACUGUGGUUUGGGAAAACCGGCUUUCUCCUUGCUCCUGGAGCCCAGGCCUCCUGCGCUCGUGCCGAUGUCUGUCAGGUCUCUGGGGCCUGGAUCCGGGCGUGGCAGUCUGCUGGCACCGGGAGCGGGCUGGCCGCUGUGUCCAACCAGCCGUCCCCCCAACCCCCACUCUCCCGGUCCCCUUCCCCCGCCCCCCCGGGGCUGCACUAACUCUCCUCACGCCACUAGCGGCAGGCCCCAGCCGGACCAGCCUUUUCUUCUGCCUUACCUAGCCUACCUACCUAGAUAUUUAUUUGCUCCAUUUUCCUCUGAAGUAUAGUGAGGCCACGCUGGUGCUCGCGCCCCGGGCAGUCGCCUCCGCUCCGGGUCAAGGGGAGUCCGGAAGUAGAGCACAGACGCUGAUGCUGAAGCAGUGGGCUUCCCUGCCGAUCACUCUGUGAAUCCUCAAGGACUCGUGAA